AUGAACUGCCCAGAUAAAGUCAAAAAACUUAAGAAACUUAUAGUAAAAACAACAAACUAUAAAGGAAUAGUAACCAAAGUAUUGGAAGAAAAACCAAAAGAAGUCAAAAAAGAAGAAGAAAUUUCAAAACAAAUUAAAAUAAAAACAGAAGUAUCACCAAUACUUAAGAAAAGCCUAAAUCUAACGGUACAACAAGCAACAGACCUAUACGUGUAUUUAGAAUUUAAAAAGAAAUUCAAUCAAGGAACUUUACCUAUAAAUAAGUUACCAUACUUAAUAAAUAAAGCAAAACAAUAUAACGAACCACAAGAAGUUUUCCAAGAAUAUUUUAAUAAAUAUCCAAAUCCACCAUCAGACGAACAUAAAGAAAAAUUACAAAAAAAGCUCAAAGAAUUUGAUCAAAAAAUCGAAAAAUACUUAAACGGAAAUUUAAUAAACAAAAGAACUCCCAUACAAGAAACAAAAAGAGUCUAUAACCUCAAGAAAAAAGAAUUUAGAAAACAAAUCUUCAACUACAUUGAAGAAGAAAAAGUAGAUCCAGAAAACUUAACUGACAAAGAAAUAACAACAUACUUAGUAUACUCAUUAGUAACGGCAGAUAGAUCAAAAGUUAAAGCAAGCUUAGAAACUAUUUCAAGAAAAUCAUUCAACGUUAGAAACUGGUUAAAACAUACUCAGUCAGUAAUAGAAUUUGAACCACCAAAAAACUUAAAAAGACUAACAUCCUUAAUAUCAGAAUUUGAUGGAGCAAUUGAAAAAUAUAAAGAAUGGAGAAAUCAAUUAGAAAAUGCAUUCAAAGCAUUAAAAUUAGGAGACCUAAUUAUAUUUGGAAGAUACUCUGGAACACCUAAAAAGGGAUACACAUUAAGAGGAAGAGACUACGUCUCAACAGCAAAUAGAGCAAAUGAAUAUAGGUGGAGUACCGAAAUAAUGCAAACAGUAUUUGCGAUAGUAAGAACAAAAUUAAGAAAAGAUGCAUUAGAAGUAUUUGACACAGAAAUAUCAACUAUAAAUUGUUAUUUUAGAUCCAACUUGGAUAACACAAAUGAUUUAAAAGAUGCAGAAAAUUAUCCAAUAAGAGGAAUAAACUACUUACAAGCAGCAGGAAACUGGCAUGCUUCAGCAAUAGCAGAAGGAACAAGAAUAAACCCACAUGUUACAGAUGCAACACAACAAAAAGGAUUUAGAGACGUAUUUGAUAAAAACUUCACAAGAGACUCAGUACAAUCAUUAAACCAAAAAGAAUUUCUUAAAUUCAAUUUUUAUAAGAAUUUAGACUGGAGUGAUGACUCAGGAUUAAGGAAACAAAUCAACCAAUAUAAAAAACUUAAACAAUUGUCAAAUUGGCAAUGGGCCCCAAACUUCUUUGGAGGAAACUACAUGUAUUUAGUAGAAAGAAUGCCUAAAAAUAUAGCUCAGCAAAUUACAUUAACAAAUCCAGUACCAAAUAAUGAAGAAGACUUCUUCAGAAGAGCCGAUGCUCUAUUCAGAGCAACAAGAGUAACAAUGGAUAUAAUGGAAAAAUCCAAAAAUGAAAAAACAAAUCAUUAUUCCCAAAGAAGUCAAAAAAUAAAUAACGUGCAAACAGAGCAACCUCAAAAAGGAAAAUGCUACUCAUGUGGACAAAUAGGACACUUUGCAAAAGAAUGCCCCAGACGAAAAGGAAAAGAAGCAUAUAAUAGAGUACAAUCAACUUACAAAAACUAUAAUGGAAAACAAAGGAAAACCUUUGUCAGAAAAUAUUGUUCAUACUGUGGAAAAGAUAAUGAAUACCAUACCAAAACAUGUCCAAACAAUAAUGCUAACUAUUACGAAGGAAAAAGAGCAAAAGGACCAACACCUAUGGUUCAUAAAUACAACAACUUCAAAAGCAAUAGAGGGAAAGAAAGACCUCAAUAUAAUAGUAAUAGAAAUAAUGGAAGAAGACCGCAAAAUAAUACAAGGAAAUCUUUCACAAGAAAAAGAGUUAAUAAUUACAAAGAAGAAAAACAAUCAGAAAAAGUAUAUAAUUCUGAAAGAAAAAAAAGAAAUGAUUACAAAUCUAAAGAAAAAAGUUCAUAUAAAAAUGACAAAAGGAAAGUAAAUCAUUAUGAUGAAGAAAAUAAAGAAUAUAACAGUGAUGAAGAAAUAGAAAGAUCUCAUAGUCAGCACACAAAUUCUGAUGAAAUCACCCAACUUGAUACCACAAAUCAGCUAAAAAUACAUUCAACAAAGAGCAAAUCACAUGCAACUAGUUACCUUGCUCGAAAAACUAGUGACCUAGGCAAAAGCGAAAAAAAACCUGCCGUUGCGCACUGUAAAGAUGAACCUACAAAACAGGCAUUAUAUGAAAAACAUAAAGAAUUUUUAGAAUCUCAAUUAGAAAAAAAAAAAGAAGGAAGAAGUACUUACAAACCAUACGAACAAUAUGAUGUGCCUAGAGAUAAACAAUUUGUUAAAGAAAAUAAACAAAUUGGAAUAAAAAUACCACAUUCACCCACAGACGACGUAUUCUUAAAUGAAAGAUUAUCACAAGCUUCUAGAAGGAAUGAAGACAUUCCUCAAGGAGUAUUACCAAAAGUAACAAGAUUCUUAGAAGACGUAGGACAAGGAAUUAAAAAUAAAUUUACAUCUAGACCAACAACACCUUCACCAUUAAGUCAACAUACCUUAAGUUAUACACCAUCACCAGAUCCUUAUGAAAGAAAACAACAAAGAUAUAAAAGCCCAAGUCUUAGCUUAAAACAUACAGACCAAAUUUCUAAUGAAAAAAUAGAAGAAAUAGAGAUACCAUAUUAUGAUAAUGUGUAUAAUGAAGGACAAUCCUCAACCUACAGACCAGUACAUGAUACUUUUAGAGGACAAACAUAUACUAUGUAUGUACCUGAAACAAUAUACCAAGAAUUAGAGGAAUUCAAAGAAGAAAAAUUAAGUGAACUAGAAGCACAAUUAGAAGCAGAUUUAGAAGAACAUCGUAUUGAAAGAUUUGGACAAGAAGUUGAGAAUCAACUUAAAGAAAAUAAAGAAGGAUAUGGAAUAAAUGAUGAUGAAGAAUAUAAUCAUAUUUUAUUAAAUAAUCUAACUAUACGACAAAAAAAGAAAAAUA